AUGAAUCAUUUUCGACCGGGACAACCUAUUGAAUGCCUGAGUAUUGAGAUUGAGUUGGAGAAGGAGAAGGUCAGAGCUCCAGAUGGAACUGUUGUGGAGAAAGUGGGAUUCAAAAUUGGUGGUGGAAUAGAUCAAGACCCACAACGAAGCCCGUUUAAGUAUCCAGACACUGUAAGCAUUCUUAAAUUGUAUUUAUCAUCUGUAGGGAAUUUACAUCACUUGGGUUGAGAAUGGAUCCCCUGCAGAAUUAGUUGGUUUAAAACAACACGACAAGAUCUUGGGAGUAAGUUGGAUGCCUUUAUUUCAUAAAAUAACAUAUAGGUGAACGGUUAUGAUUUUACAAUGGUCACACACGAGAGGGCAGUGAAAUGCAUCAAGCGGAAUCCCAAGUUGAAGAUGUUGAUCGCUCGUCGAGAAGUUGCAAUUUGA